AUGGCAGUCAAGCUAUUCAAGAAUGCGAUCUUCUUUACAGCUCAAGCCCAGGAGCUUGAGGCCGCAUCCUUACUCAAGCAGGACUACACAGACCCUGCAGCCCUAGCAAACCGCUUCGCAGAAUGCAUUGCUGUCGACGAUAGCAAGCUCGCCUACGUCGGUGAUGAAGCUAGCAUUCCCUCUGAGCUCAAGGAAUGCGCAGAGGUGGUCGAUCUGGGUGGAGGCAAGCUCGUCGUGCCCGGCUUUAUUGAUGGCCACACCCACUUGCUCAACUUUGGUCAGUCUCUCGACAAGGUCGAUGUGGGCAAGUGCAAGAACCUCGAGCAGAUUCAGCAAAAAAUCAAGGAGGCUGCCGAGGCAAAGCCCGAUGCACCGCGGAUCCUUGCAGCCGUGUGGAUGCAGAACACCACCGAUGGCAAAGCGCUAGCUUCUUGGAUCGACCAAGUUGUACCUGAUCGUCCAGUCUACAUUGAAUCCUUCGACUUGCAUUCGCACUGGUGCAACACGGCAGCGCUCGAGGAGCUCGGUAUCACCGACGAGACCCCAGAUCCCGAGGGUGGAAAGAUCGUACGUGAUCUAGAAACCGGCAAGGCUUCAGGACUGUUGCUCGAGAUGGCCAACAUUCUUUUCGUUUGGCCCAAGCUAGCUAACCUGGCAUCACAGCAAGAGCAGGAGGCGAGCUUCAUGCGAGCCUGCAAUUCGUAUCAUGAGAGCGGCUUCACCGGUGGUAUUGACAUGGCUCUGGACUCAUUGUCGUUGGACUGUAUCCUUCGGGUCAAGGAAAAGAGGAACGGUAAUUUGCCGAUCCGUGUAGCAGCGCACUGGCUUGUGCGCCCCGAGACCGACGUUGAUGCGUGCAUUGAACAGGUCAAGCAUGCUUACGAGCUCAGCAAGAAACACAACGACGAGUGGUUCCGUAUCGUUGGUAUCAAGUUGGUCUGUGACGGGGUCAUCGACAGCUGCACAGCCGCGCUCAAGGAGCCUUACUACAACAAGACGAAUGCCGAGCUCAUGUGGCCACUACCUCUGCUUUCCUCGGUCGUCCAGUAUGCGGACUCGGUCGAUCUUCAAGUUGCUAUCCACGCCAUCGGCGAUCUGGCCGUACACACCGCUGUUGAAGCUAUCGCAACGCUCGGUGACAAGCUGGCAGACCAGGGUCUAUCGAUUCGCGAUCGUCGACAUCGCAUCGAACAUCUCGAGCUCACUGAUCCCAAGGAUGUUGAGAAGCUCGGCAAGCUCGGCAUCACAGCGAGCAUCCAGGGUGUGCACUGUGAUCCAAGCAUCAUGGAAGGAUGGUGCAAAAUGAUCGGCGAUCCGUACAACGAGGGUCGCUGUGCGAGAGCGUUUGCCUUUCGCGAGUUUGUCGAAGCUGGUGCGCCCAUCGCACUCGGCUCGGACACCCCCACGGCUCACCAUUGGAUCUUGCCCAAUCUGUACACCGCCGUCACGAGACGCUCGGGCAGAGAGCCAGACCUGGAUCGCAGAACAACACCACAGUUUGCGUUGCCGCUUGCAAUGGCAAUGGCUGCAGCAACAUACGGCGCCGCACACAGUUGUAAGGCAGAUACAUGGGCGGGUACGCUCGAAAAGGGCAAGAGCGCUGAUUUCGUGGUUCUCGACACGAACCUGUUCAAGGAACAUGGUGGAGGAAAAAAGGAACAGACCAUUCUGAAGACUAAGAUCCUGCAGACUUGGUUGGCAGGAGAGAAAGUGUAUGAGAGAACCGAAACGGGGACCACCAAGAAAACCGGCAAAACAGGUUGCACUGUGCUGUGA